GAGAGGCUUGCGCCCGUUACCAUGGUAGCUGGCGCCGCUGGGGGCGGGCCGCUGAGCUCUGGCGGGUUUUGUGCUGGGGUUCCAGGCGCCGUGGGGCUGCGGAGCCGCGGCUAAGGUCUCCGGAGCCCAGCCGCUCCCUGUGGGGACGAGGCACCCGCUGGGGCCUUACGUUAGGGGCCCUUCCAUGGCUUCCCAGGAAAGGGUGGAGGCAGUGACCAAAGGAACAGGGUUCUGGCGCUGCCCCAGGCCAGCCACUUACACCUCAGGGACCCGAGAGCUGCUCAGAGUGAUGAUGAAGGAAUCCAAACUGACUAACUUCCAACAGCGCCAUAUCAUGGACACCGUGAAAAGAGGAGACACUCUGCCCCUACAGUGCAGCCCGACAUCCAGCCAGAGGGUCCUGCCUUCCAAACAGCCAGCCUCAGCCAUCUACCUGCCUCCCAUCCUGGCGGCCCGGCCCCACCUCCGGCCUGCCAGGGUGUGCCAAGCCGCCGGGGCCUACAGCCGGGAGCCAUUCAAGCCUCAAGCCACCCGAGAUCUGGAGAAAGAGAAGCGAAGACUCCAGAACAUUUUUGCCACUGGGAAGGACUCCGAGGAACAGAAAAGGAAGCCCCCUCCUGUGCGACAGGAGGACCCUGCCCCUGAGCCAGACAGGUUUGAAGAACUGGUAAAGGAAAUUCAGGACAGGAAAGAAUUCCUGGCUGACAUGGAGGCGCUGGGACAGGCCAGACAGUACCGAGGGAUCAUCCUGGCAGAGAUCUCCCAGAAACUGCGGGAAAUGGAAGUCAUUGACCACAAGAGGAGCAAGGAACUUAGGAAGGUUCUUGCCACCCUUGAUGUGUCUCGAGAGACAGGGGCAGAGUAGCCCAAUCCCAACCACUGGAGCCCACCCCACUGCCAAGCAGGGUCACCCCUCUCCAGUCAGCCCAUCUACCCUGGCCUCCAGCCACGUCAAAUGGCCUCAUGGAACUGCCCCAGCCCAGGGAACCCCGGGCACUUACAGCACCCUAGAAAAUGGACCCAUCUCGGAGAAUGAGCUGAUUUCUCCUCAAGACUUCGGGGAGCCUUGGGGCAGCUGAACCGCUGAGACCCACAGUCACGGUCACAGACACAGGCAGGCAUGCGCGUGCGCACCACACAGAAGCACACACGACUUUUCUCGGGGACAGAGCCCACAUUCAGUGAAGGCAAGGCCCAGUCGCAUCCUCUUGGCCAGUGUCCGAGUUCCUCCCACGGGCCUCUUCCUCCAAACCCCCCAGCACCCACUGUGUGCCCUACGCAUUUACUCUUCAGAACUUAGGAAUGAAUAGGAGUCGUUUCAACCUACGUGCCCUAGGACUACUUAUUUGAUUCUUACAGCCUCAAAAUGCUUAACCUCUACCAUUAACUGGCCCUUGGGACACCUCUAAUGUAGGUGUCACACGCAGUUUUGUUUUCAGAGGGACAGGCUUGUUUGUUCAAGAACCUGGGAUUUUUUCAAGCCCAGAUUUCUAGCCAUUUGCACGGCUCAAGGGAAAUGAGAACCAACACUUCCUGAACACCUCAAGGCUGGGCCCCAGGGCAGGUGCUCACUUUCACUCGGCCCACGUGUUCGAUAACGCCCUGUGACAGUUUGCUACCCACCGUGGGGAACCUAAGCUCCCCCCGGACACUGUAACCAAGGUCAUUCAACCUGCAAGCAGCCCACUAAGGGUUAGACGUUAGUUUCGGCCUUUCCACUAACCCGCGGCCCACAGAGACCCAGUGGUGUCUAGACCCAAGGAGCCUGGCUUGGGGGCUCCGAUCCCACCCUGUGUCCUUCGAGCCUGGGCAGCACCCCAGACUCAGCAAUGACUGACUGACUGCUCAUCGUGGGCGCCCUGCCUCAGAGGGCUACAGAGGAGACCUAUGACCACAAGAACAGCCCCCCAGGCCUGGCAUGAAGUACCCGGAGGUCCCCUGCCUUCUGAUGACCACGAGCCCUACAUUCCCCAGGACUCUGACACUUUCUUGUCCCCACACGUCAAAAUACUUUGGAAAUGUA